GCUUAUGAGGUAUGGUGAAGAUUUACAGUAGAUACAGUCAGCUUCACGCGUUCGGCACCAUCACGUCGCCGCCUUCGAACGUCGUUUUUUCGAGCGAGAGCGACUGCGCCGUGACCGGUGCCUUAGAGGCGGUCAAGGUUUGGAACCUUCGCCGCGCGACGGAGGUGGCGUCGUACGUAUUGCCGGAUCAGAGAAAAGCGGUGGUGAGUCAGGUUGCGGCGAGCCCGGAUCGGAUUCACGUGGCGGCUGGUUACUCGGACGGUUCGGUGGUGAUUUGGAACUUGAGGACUGGGGGAGUGGACCAUCACUUUCAGGGCCACAAGUCGCGAGUUACGUGUUUGAGUUUUGACAGGGUGGGGUAUGUGUUGGUGUCUGGUUCGUUGGACACGAAUGUGAUAGUGUGGGAUUUGGUUAGCGGGGCGGGUUUGUUUAAGUGCCGGGGUCACAAGAACGCGAUUACCUGCGUUAGGUUUUGGGAGCAGGAGGACAAGAAGGUGGUUUCGAGUUCUAAGGAUGGUUUGGUGAAGGUGUGGGACAUGGACACGCAGCACUGCGUGUGGACGAUUACGGGGCAUCCGUCGGAGGUGUGGGGGUUUGACAUUAAUCCGGAGCAGACGCGCCUCGCGACGGUGUGCGAGGACAAGGUUCGGUUUUACAAGCUCGGGGAGGCGGAGUCGGUGGAGCCGAAGGGGGAGGGGGAGUGUGGAAUUUUGUAUUACGGGAGCAUUGAUCGGAGAGUGAAGAGUCGGGCGUCGUCGGUCAGAUUCAACGCGGAUGGGUCGGUUUUGGCGGUGCAGAGUGCUGGGAGGGGGAUUGAGGUGUUGAGGUGCUUUUCGGAGGAGGAGGUGGAGGAGAGGUGCAAGAAGCGGAGAAAGAAGGAGAAGAGGAGGCUCAAAAAGCAGUACGAGCAAAGGUUGAGGGAGUACGAGCAGGCGCUGCAGCAGCUGAAGACGUUGAGCCGGGACCAGCAUCCGGUGAGGCCGGUGAUGUCGUCGGUUGAAAAGUGUACCGUUCCGUCUGACGAGUAUAUGCAUUGUCAAAUUGUGUGGACGAGUUCGAAGUUUCAGAGCAUGGACUUUUCUCCCACGCGCGCGAGCAGUCUCUUGGUUUCGCUGACGGACAACGUGAUUGAGUGUUACAGGCUGGCGUUGAGGACGGGGGGAGAGGAGGGGGAGGAGGCUGGUGCGGAGGAGGAGGGGGACUCGCUCGGGCGUCAUGACGGCGUCGACGGUAUUGGGCCGACGGAGGAGGAGGUUGGAGGCGGCAGCGAGUCGAGAGUCGUCGCGUCGGUGAAUUUGCCCGGUCACCGGGGCGACGUGCGGUGCUUGACUUUGAGCGGGGACGCCGAGAUGCUUGUGUCGGCGAGUAACGGAUGCGUCAAAGUGUGGAACACAAGAACAACUUCUUGUAUUAGAACGGUACAGAGCGGAUAUGGGUUGUCUCUCGCGAUGGUGCCGGGAGACCGGCACUUGCUCGUUGGGACGAGAACUGGUCACCUUGAGGUUUUCGACCUCCAGAGCGCCCAGAUGUUGGAGAGAGUGCCGGCGCACACUGGGCCCAUUUGGUCGGUGCAGAUGCUGCCGAAUCGAGAAGCGGGGUUCUUGACCGCGUCCGCCGACAAGACGCUCAAGUUUUGGAGGCUGGAGGCCGUUCGCGGUUCGGAGGAGUCCCCUGUCGCGCGCCAGUCGGCGUUUUCGGUCGUCCAGGACAGGACGUGCGAGAUGGAGGACGACAUUUUGUUUGCGAAAAUCGACGGCCGCGGAAAGCUUUUGGCCUUGGCUCUGCUGGACGGAACGGUCCGGAUUUUGGACGGAUCCACGCUGAAGCUUUUUCACUCCCUGUAUGGCCACCGACUACCGGUCUUGGGCCUGGACAUGUCCGACGACGGGACCCUGAUCGUCACCGGGUCCGCGGACAAGAACGUCCGAAUAUGGGGGACGGAUUUCGGAGACUGCCACAAAUCGAUCUUCGCUCACGACGAUUCGGUUACUCAGGUCGUCUUUGUCCCCAAGACGCACUACUUCUUCAGCAGCGGAAAGGACGGGCUGGUCAAGUUCUGGGACGCCGACAAGUUCGAGCUGGUGCUGACUCUGUCCGGCCACACGAGCGAAGUGUGGGCGAUGGCCAUCUCCGCGGACGGCAACCUCCUGGCCACGGGAUCUCACGACCGAGGCAUCCGAGUUUGGGCGCGCACCGACGACCAAGUCGUCGUUCAAGACGAACGCGAAGCGGAGCAAGAACGCAACUGGCUCGACGCCCUCGAGGACGAAGACCGCUUCCAACUCGUCGACAACACGACUCAAAGCGACAAGGCGUCCAGGCUCACCGCUUCCUCCGCGAAGUCCGGGGAACGCCUGUUGGACGCGCUCGAACUAAUCAAAGUAGAAGGCGAAAACUGGGCGUUGUACCACCGAGACGUCAAACGCCUCUUGGACUCUGGCGACAAAAACGCCGCCAAGCACGUCCGACCCCCCCCCAGCAGCGAACUCACUCGCGGCAAGGACCCCAGCGAUUACCUAAUCGACGUAGUCAAGGGAAUCAAACAAUCCGAAAUGGAAGAAUGCCUACUGUUGCUCCCCUUCUCUCACGUCCUCACCCUAAUCGAACUGAUCAAAACCUGGGUCUCUCAACGAUUCGACCUCAUCGAGCUGUGCUCCUCGAUUCUCUGCUUCCUUCUUCGAAUCUAUCACGCGCAGAUCAUCGCGAACAAAAGCGCGCACGCCACCCUGCUCGCAAUCCGCUCUCACACCCGACGACAGCUCUUCCAAUACAAAGAAAUACUCGGGUCUAACCAGGCCGCGAUGAACCACAUGAAGCAAAAAAUGGAACUAGCCUGUCAAGCCAAAUUUUUUGACAUACGAGAGCAAGAAUUUGUCAAAAAGGGCCAAAAACGACAAAAGAAAACCCCAGGCUAUUGGGAGUGACCACCCAACCCCUUAUCGCGGCCGGCUCAACUCGGAAGCCCCACUCCUGCCCCUCAAAACGACCCACAGCUCAAACCCACGCCAGCUCCCCAAGCACGCGCUGCCCCCUCGUCCCCUCUCGUGUCCCUCGCAAAACGCGCGCGCGCGCGGCCUCCCCCCGCCGGUCCCGAAGAACGGCGCAACCUUGACGCCCCCUCCCGGAGCACAGAAGCGAGGCAAAAAGCAAGAAAUUCUUACAUUAUCGCGAUUUGAC